UUCUUUGAUCAACGAACAACGUGCGAAAAAUAAUCUAAAAUGUCGGAAAAAGCUUGUUGCCAUGGACCCGGUUACGCGACACCGAUGGACGCCAUGAGAAGUGGACCCCGGGAGAAGCUUCUUUAUACGGUGACAAUUCAACCCAACUUGGAUGAGCCGCAUGGCGAUUAUCUGUCCACAAUCGAUGUGGACCCUGAUAGUCCCACAUAUUGUCAGAUUGUGCAUCGCACCUUUUCGAACCGAAAGGGCAACGAGUUGCACCAUUCGGGCUGGAAUGCCUGCUCCAGCUGCUACUAUGUGGACAAGGAUGCAAAAAGUGUGCCGAAGAGAAAUAGGUUGAUAUUGCCAUCAUUGAAUUCCGAUUUCAUUUACGUACUCGACGUGGCAACGGAUCCACGCAAGCCCGAAAUAAUCAAGAUUAUCGACGGAGACGUAUUGAAGAGCCAGAAUGUAACCGCACCCCAUACGACCCACUGCUUGGCCAAUGGCAAUAUAAUGAUAUCGGUAAUGGGCGAUGCUCAGGGCUAUGCAAAGGGCGACUUUAUUCUAUUUGAUUCCGAUUUCAAUUACGUUGGCACCUGGACGAAAGGAGAUCGUAAAGCGCUGUGCGGCUAUGAUUUCUGGUAUCAGCCCUAUUAUGAUGUGAUGGUAUCAUCCGAAUGGGGUGCACCCAAUAAGUUUCGACGUGGUUGGAAAGACGAAGAUUUGAAUGACAAGACGCAGUAUGGCUUCAGACUAAACUUUUACAAAUGGUCGACGCAAACUCUAUAUCAAACUGUUGAUCUGGGACUGGAGGGUGCUGCACCAUUGGAGGUUCGUUUCCUGCACGAUCCGAAACGCCCGGAUGGAUAUGUUGGAUGUGGCCUAAAUGCCAAGGUGUUUUAUUUCAAGAAGAGAAGCAACUCGGAUGAGUUCGAUGUGAAAAAAGUAAUUGAUAUUCCCAAUAAGCUAGUGGAUACUGGCAGUGGCACGGCCUCCGAAAUGGGUGGCAUGAUUUCAGAUAUAAUAAUAUCGUUGGAUGAUCGGUUCCUUUAUGUCAACUGCUGGCGACAUGGUGACCUUAGGCAAUAUGAUAUUACCAAACCAGACGAACCCAAACUUAUCUCUAGAGUCUGGCUAGGAGGCGCCAUAUGCAACGAUCUACCCAACGUGAUCGUAAAGGAGGACAAAGAAUUGACUGAGAGGCCACCGCCACGCUACAUUAAGGGUCGUCGCUUGGAAGGGGGACCUCAGAUGAUGCAGCUCUCUCUGGAUGGUAAACGCCUAUAUGUAUCCUCUUCUCUAUAUUCACCUUGGGAUAAACAGUUCUAUCCAAGCAUGGUGUCUGCCGGCGGACAUGUGUGCCUCAUUGAUAUCGAUGUGGUCAACGGUGGCAUGGCCCUAAAUGAGGAUUUCUUUGUCGACUUUGGAAAGGAACCAUAUGGACCCAGCCUUCCACAUGAAAUGCGCUACCCGGGUGGAGAUUGCACCUCAGAUAUUUGGCUAGCCAAUGAUUCGUAAUAUGUUAUCAAUGAAUCCA